AUGGCCGACCCCCGGGCAAAUGAGGCCGACGAGGACAUAGGAAAUGACGAAGAAUUGAGACAAGCGAUCGCGCUCUCACUCGGAUGUGAUCCGCAAGAAUGGCGCCGGAAGAACGUUCGCCAAGUGAUUGAUCUUACCGAAGAUGGUGGUAGUUCCGGCCAGGGCAGCAGCGGCGGAGACCCCAAGAAUAAUGAGGAUGAUGAUCUCAUCAUUGUCGACAGUGGCCAUGCUAGCAAGGCCAAACCCGCAUCUCAGCAGGAGGCGGCCGCCGCCGCAGCAUCAGCAAUAGGUGAACGGACGGCUCCCUCGACAUCGUUCUUUUCUUCCUUGGGACUAGACAGGAAGAAGAUGGAGGAGGAACGGCUUGCACGGCUGCACAAGCGCAAGGUUUCCCAGGUCGAUAUGGGCGACGGAAUCGAUGCUCGGCUGCCCGACAGACCGGCGCAGCGGCCGAAGAUAGCUGGAGAAGGCUCACUAUCGUCUGGCGAGAAGUCUAGAGUACCCAAAGCCUCUCCCUUAGGUGCAGCAUCAUCGUCGGUCCCAAUGGAUACCAGUUCAGCGGCGCCCGAAGCUGCAGCCCCUGCUUCUUCUUCACGGCCGCCCUUGGUCCUCCCUUUCCCUCACGGGGUCGUGAAAAAGACGUGGGUAUAUCAGCAACCCCGGCAAGGCGACGACAUCAAAAUCGAAGAAGUCCUCCAGAAGAAUGACCUCAAGCUCGCUGUGGUGAGCUCGUUCCAGUGGGACGAACACUGGAUGCUAUCGAAAAUCGAUAUCACGCGGACCAAGCUCAUGCUGAUCGCGUUUGCUGCUAGCGAGGCGCAGAAAGCAGAGAUGCGUGCCAAUGUGCCGAAAAACAGGGUUCGGUUCUGCUUCCCGCCCAUGCACGGUAUCGGGGCGAUGCACUCCAAGCUGAUGCUGCUCAAGUAUGAGCGGUACAUGCGGAUUGUGGUGCCGACCGGGAACUUCAUGUCGUAUGAUUGGGGAGAGACUGGAACGAUGGAGAACAUGGUGUUCAUCAUCGACCUUCCGAAGUUUGAGACUGCGGAACAGAGGGAAGCGCAGAAGCCCGAUCCAUUUUCUUCGGAGCUCUUCUAUUUCCUCCGAGCCCAAGGGCUCGAUGAGAAGCUCGUUUCCAGCUUACGGAACUACGACUUCACCGAAGCCAGUCGGUAUAAGUUCGUGCAUACAAUCCCGGGGUCUCAUACAGACGAGGAUGCGUGGAGGCGAACAGCGGUCAGCAGUCUUAUCCGCGCUACUAGGGACCCCAUCGACAUCGACUUUGUCUGCGCGUCUCUCGGAGCAAUCAACUACGACUUUCUUUCGGCCAUGUACUAUGCCUGCCUCGGUGACCCCCUAGUGGAGUACCAAGCGCGUACGGGGAGCAAAGGCCAGCGUGAAGCGUUCAAUGACCGGGCGCAAUUCCUCGUCAAGGAACAUAUGCGGGUAUUCUUCCCUUCGCGGGAGACCGUCCUCCAGAGCAAAGGAGGGAAGGAGGGCGCUGGAACGAUCUGCUUCAAGCCCAUAUGGUGGCAAGCCCCAACCUUUCCUCAACAAAUCCUCCGAGACUGCAAGUCGGUCAGGCCAGGCGUGCUCAUGCACAGCAAGGUCAUAUACAUCCGCCCUAAUGACCCCGGCAUCAGGUGGAACCAAUGUUUGGCCUAUGUAGGCAGCGCCAACCUUUCCGAGAGCGCUUGGGGCAAACUUGUCCGUGACCGCGUCACCAAAAAGGCCAAGCUCACCUGCCGCAACUGGGAAUGCGGCGUGCUCAUCCCCAUCUCCGACCCCCUUUCCCACUCCAGCGAGGCCGAAACCAUCGCCCGCCACGCAGGCCCCAAGGACAUCAUCUACACAGACCGGCGCGCCGCGGCGCAUGCGGCCCGGGACCCGCGCGGCCUCGGCCUCGGCGACUUUGAGGGCUCUCUGCCGGUGCCGAUGGAGUGGCCGGGGAGAGUCAUCUGCCAGGAGGCGGCGGGGACUGAUGCGGGCCGGCCGUGGUUUUUUCAGGCGGGGUGA